AUGGCAACAUCUACAACUACAUCUGCCAUCAUCCUUUUCUUCUGUCUCAUUAUGAUCUCUCAGCAGACAUAUGCAACAUCAAAUCAUAUCUCUGUUGAGCGGACAGAAGACGAGGUUAACAAGUUGUUCGAGUUGUGGUUGGUUACCCAUAAAAAAACGUACAAUAAUAAUAAUAACAAUAAUAAUGCAUUGGGUGAAAAGGAGAAGAGGUUUCAAAUCUUUAAAGAUAAUUUAAAGUUUAUUGAUGAACAUAAUUCCAAUGGUAACAGGACUUAUACGGUUGGGUUAAACCAGUUUGCUGAUAUCACCAAUGAGGAAUUUCGUUCCAUGUUUUUAGGAAACAAAGCUGACGUUAAUCGCCGCAUUGCUAAGCAGCAACGCGGCGAUUUUAGUCAGCGGUAUGCGUCUAGGGAGAACGAUAUGUUGCCUUUGAAUGUUGACUGGAGACAAAGAGGUGCUGUUACCCCUGUCAAAAAUCAAGGAAGCUGUGGAAGUUGUUGGGCUUUUUCGACCGUGGCCGCGGUGGAAGGAAUCAACAAAAUUGUAACGGGCGAAUUGAUCAGUCUUUCGGAACAAGAACUAGUUGAUUGUGACAACAAAUACAACAACGGUUGCAAUGGUGGGGAGAUGGAUUACGCCUUCCAAUACAUCAUGUCUACUGGUGGGAUCGAUACAGAAUCCGACUACCCUUACAAGGGUGUCGGAGACGUCUGCGAUCCCAUUCGAUCAACUAAUGCAAAAGUUGUUAGCAUAGAUGGAUAUGAAGAUGUGCCACAAAUGAAUGAGAAAGCACUAAUGAAGGCAGUAGCACACCAGCCAGUCAGUGUUGGAAUUGAAGCUUCUGGAAAGGCUUUUCAGUUAUAUGAAUCCGGUGUAUACACUGCUCCAUGUGGAACUGAAUUAGACCAUGGUGUGGUUGUGGUGGGAUACGGUUCAGAAAACGGCAAGGACUAUUGGAUCGUUAGGAAUUCAUGGGGACCCCAAUGGGGCGAGGAAGGGUAUGUUAGGAUGGAGCGUAAUUUGGUUGAUUCACAAGCCGGCAAGUGUGGAAUCACAAUGAUGGCUUCUUACCCAGUCAAGUAUGCCAACAAGGAACCGCGUAUCUCAAACAAUGUUAAUAUUGACCCGAUAAGCAGUGUCUAAUUCGUUACAUUAUUGAUCCAACCGGAAUACCACAAACGGAGCAAAUGAGCUAUGCAGAGGGUGAUCUUAUAUUCUCUCUUGGUGGCCUAUAUUUACCCUUUAUUGUAUUUUGAUGGUUUGAUUGU